AUGUCAAAAAUUAAAAUUGAUCGUACAAAGGAUGUUCAAAUAGAUGAAGAUGUCAAUUUUGAAUCCUUGAUUACAAAUCAAAACAUAUUACGUGGAUUAAUAGAAGCAGGUUAUGAUCGUCCUUCUCCAAUUCAAUUAAAAGCUGUUCCUCCAGGAAAACUAGGGCUUGAUGUUAUUGCUCAAGCAAAAUCAGGAACUGGAAAAACUAUAGUAUUUGGCGUGAUCGCAUUGGAAAUGUUGAAUUUGAAAAUAGCCGUACAAACAAAAGAAGUCAUUUCAAACAUUGGUCGUUAUAUGGUUGGUCUGGUUUGUCAUGUAUUUAUUGGGGGAAUUCCUGUUGAAGAAGACAUCCCAAAACUUAAAAAAUGUCAUAUAGCAAUUGGAUCUCCUGGUCGUAUUGGUCUUUUAUUAAGCAAGCAAAUGACUGCUAAAGACAUCAAGCUACUUGUGUUUGAUGAGGCUGAUAAAUUAAUGGAAAGCAAUUUUGUGCCUCAAUUAAAAAAAAUAAAUGAUAAACUUCCAAAAAUUAAGCAAGUACUUGCAUUUUCUGCAACAUAUGAUAAAGCUUUGUUAAAAACUCUUGAAAAGUUUGUUUACAAUCCGUAUCAUAUCAUGCUUUCGGAAGAUACUCCAGCUCUGGAAGGUGUACUGCAGUAUUACCAAAUAAUAGAAAUUCCAAAUACGACCAAUGUCACUGAAAAGUUCAAAUUUUAUGAAGAAAAGUUCAGAAAGUUGGUGGAUCUUUUGAUGCGUCUUGAAACAAUGUCUAAGGCUCGUAAUUUUCAAUUAAGAGUCCUUGUUUGCAGUGAUUUGAUUGCCAGAGGUAUUGAUAUUGAUAGAGUAAAUUUGGUGAUAAACCUUGAUAUGCCAAAGGAUGCUGAAACUUAUCUGCAUCGCGUUGGCAGGACUGGGCGUUAUGCGAUUAGUUUUGUUGAUAUUAAUGAGUUGGAAUUUAUUGAAUCUUUGAAAACAAAUUAUCAUGUUGAUGUUCAACCUCUUCCUGAAGCAUAUGAAAACUUGUUAAAUAUAAGGCAAACAAUAAAAACUCAAAAUCCUGAAGUUCCACCAGUAGUAUUCUCUGAAGAUACAAAUUCAAAGAUCAAACAAACUAAAUCAAAAGUGCAAAAAGAGCCAGAAGAGAUUGAAGAAACAUCUUAUUACCCAUACUAUGAUACUUAUAACACUGAUUAUUAUAAUUGGAUGCAUAAUACUUAUAACACUGAUUAUUAUAAUUGGAUGUAUAAUACUUAUAAUCCUGAUUAUUAUAAUUGGAUGUAUAAUUCCUAUAAUACUGAUUAUUAUAAUUGGAUGUAUAAUGUAACACCUGAUGGAACUGGUGAAUAUUAUAACAAUAAUGAUUUUAUACCACCUGAUCUUUCUUUUUAA